AUGGCUGCUUCUGGCGUGCCGAGAGCAUUGCAGCAUUUCUCGUACCAGUGCCCAGGUUUGCAUGACCGCGAGAGCCGAAUGUCUGUGAAACCCAUGGCAUUCCGCACUUUGCUGAGCGAGCCUCGCCAGAUUGUGAUUCCGCUGUUCCAGCGUACAUACUGCUGGAGUGACGAGCAGAUCAGCGGCUGGUGGAAGGACAUCCUGAUGCCCACCACCUCCCUCGGGUACCACCAAACAGGGAAGGCCAUCUUUAAGGAGAGAGAUGGCCUCCUGGUCUGCAUCGACGGGCAGCAGCGGUGCACCACAGCUUCGCUGCUGCUGGCCACGCUGAGGGACGCUGCCCUCAAGCUGCUUCGCGAAGGUGAUGCCUGCGCGCGUGCUUUGGUGGACGAGCUCGACGCACUCCUCUUCAAGGACCCCAGUCGCGUUUAUACAUGGGCAGAGCGCCAGGCACAAGGCUGCAAAGAGGAGGUCCACGAUGGGAGUGUCCAGCCUUUUGGGGCCGCGAUCCUGACGCCGUCCUUCGAAGACCGCGUGCCCUUCUUUCGAGCUCUCACUGAGGGCAUCCUCACGGACGCUCGACUGAAGGCAGGCGUGACUCUGAGCCCUCAAGAGGAGGCCGCCACAAGCUCAGUCCAGGCGCGCGCGAAAGACAUCUUCGACAGGAAUCUCCGGCGAGCCCUCCGGCGUCGGCCAAGGGGCCCUCCACAACGAGAGCUUCUGGCAAGUCUGGCCCAAACGGCCUUAGAUGUGAUGGCGAUAACAUUCUGUGAGAUCCUGAAUGACAUCGACUUUCCCCAGGUGUUCCUGUGGCUCCAGGAGAAGAGCCUUUUCGGAAUGGGUGCCCUGCUCCAUAACCCGGCUCCUGGUGUGCCUUUCCACGCGGCCGACUUGCUGAGGAAUCUGGUGUUGGCUCCAUCCAUGCGACUAUCCUUGAGGGACCAAGAGGAGCUCUAUCGCAAGCGCUGGCUAGAACCUCUUGAAAGAGCCCAUGGAGGGGCUCACAAGCUGGAUCCCAUACUAGACGCCUUCCUGGCGGAGAAGACGGACAAGCACUGUUCGAAGCGACAUGUCUGUGGCUUAGAGCACCAUGCUGCUUCCUUCAUGAGCUCCCCGGCUGGCGCCGUGGUCUCGGGGAAGACAGACAUGUCGGGGGUUCUAAGGUACGCUCGCCUUCUGUCGUAUGCGGAGGCUUGUGAGCUGAAACGAAAGGGCCAGGAGCUUCCUGCGGAGGAGCCGGUACCCUUGAGCCAAGAGACCUGCGACCACCUUAUUGGCAGUCUUGUCGGCUUCGCCAAUAAGCGGCACAAGGGCGUUCCUCCAGUCCCUGUCUUCUCUGCCUCUGACUUGCAUAGUCAAGAAGGUGACCGUGCCCUCCAGUGA